AUGCGGCUUGGGCUGUGUGUGGUGGCCCUGGUUCUGAGCUGGAUGCACCUGGCCAUCGGCAGCCGUGGUAUCAAGGGGAAGAGGCAGAGGCGGAUCAGUGCCGAGGGGAGCCAGGCCUGUGCCAAAGGCUGUGAGCUCUGCUCAGAGGUCAACGGCUGCCUCAAGUGCUCGCCCAAGCUGUUCAUCCUGCUGGAGAGGAACGACAUCCGCCAGGUGGGCGUCUGCCUGCCGUCCUGCCCGCCUGGCUACUUCGACGCCCGCAACCCCGACAUGAACAAAUGCAUAAAAUGCAAGAUUGAGCACUGCGAGGCCUGCUUCAGCCACAACUUCUGCACCAAGUGUAAGGAGGGCUUGUACCUGCACAAGGGCCGCUGCUACUCGGCCUGUCCUGAGGGCUCCUCGGCUGCCAGUGGCACCAUGGAGUGCAGCAGUCCUGCACAAUGUGAAAUGAGCGAGUGGUCCCCAUGGGGUCCCUGCUCCAAGAAGAAGAAGCUCUGUGGUUUCCGGAGGGGCUCUGAGGAGCGGACACGCAGGGUGCUCCAUGCCCCUGGCGGAGACCACGCCACCUGCUCCGACACCAAGGAGACCCGGAGGUGCACAGUGCGGAGGGUGCCGUGCCCUGACGGGCAGAAGAGGAGGAAGGGAGGCCAGGGCCGACGCGACAACGCCAGCAGGAACCUGGCCAGGAAGGAGAGCAAGGAGGCGGGCACUGGCUCUCGGAGACGCAAGGGGCAGCAACAGCAGCAGCAGCAGCAGCAGCAAGGGACGGUGGGGCCACUGACGUCUGUGGGGCCCACCUAG